CCGGUCCCAGCGCUGCAGCCUGUUCAGUAUUCUCCAAGCUCCUGCCCCCAAGUCCUCUUGCCAGUCUCUCCACCCCAGCAGUACAACUUGGCUGAUGAACUCAGCAACCCCUUCGGGCAGAUCAGCCUCAGCCGACAAGGCUCUACGGAAGCACCGGAUCCUUCCUCCGCUAUGUUCCAGUCAUCCCUCAUCUCCCAGCAUCCUCAGCAGACAGGAUUCAUCAUGGCAACCCCUGGGCAGCCCAUUCCCACCUCCAACUACUCUGCCUCAGGGCACACGGCCCCCACACAGCAGGUGCUGCAGCCCCAGGGCUACAUUCAGCCUCCCCAGCAAAUUCAGGUUUCUUACUACCCUCCUGGGCAGUACCCGAACUCCAGCCAGCAAUACCGAUCUCUCAGUCACCCAGUGGCCUACAGCUCCCAGCGCACUCAGCAGCUCCCGCAGCAGUCCCAGCAGCCUGGUUUACAGCCAAUGAUGUCCAACCAGCAGCAAACAUACCAAGGUGUAAUAGGAGUGCAGCAGGCGCAGCCCCCCGGGCUCCUCAACAGCCAGAGGAACAGCAUGGGCGGGCAGAUGCAGAGUAUGAUGGGAGUGCAGCAGGCGCAGCCCCCCGGCCUCCUCAGCAGCCAGAGGAGCGGUAUGGGGAGCCAGAUGCAAGGCCUGAUGGUCCAGUACACUCCACUGCCUUCAUACCAGGUUCCCGUGGCCAAUGAGUCCCAGAGCGUGGUCCAGCAGCCCUUCCAGCAGCCAGUGCUGGUGCCAGCCAGCCAGUCUGUGCAGGGAGGGCUUCAGGCUGGAGGGGUGCCCAUCUACUACAGCGUCAUCCCAACUGCCCAGCAGAACGGCACUAGCCCUUCGGUGGGGUUCCUCCAGCCACCUGGCUCUGAGCAGUACCAGAUGCCGCAGUCCCCGUCACCCUGCAGCCCACCACAGAUGCAGCAGCAGUAUUCAGGCGUGUCUCCGUCAGGCCCUGGCGUGGUUGUGAUGCAGCUGAACGUUCCCAACGGCCCCCAGGCCCCCCCGAAUCCCCCUGUAGUGCAGUGGAGCCACUGUAAGUACUACAGCCUGGACCAGCGGGGCCAGAAGCCAGGAGACCUGUACAACCCGGACACCAGUGCUCAGGCCAGCACCCAGCUGAACAGCCCCAUCACAUCCCCCACCCAAUCCCCGACGCCGUCUCCUGUCACCAACCUCAACAGCGUCUGCACGGGGCUGAGCCCCCUCCCUGUCCUCACACAGUUCCCUCGGCCCAUGGGCCCGGCACAAGGCGACGGGCGCUACUCGUUGCUGGGCCAACCGCUGGACGCAGGGCAGGACAGGCGGGUUAGCUCCCGCUCCUGGUACCCAAGGAUCAGGGUAGGGAGACAGGGCAGAGCGCCUGGGAAAGCCCCGACUGAAAAGCCAAGCCUGGCCAGAGGCAGCAAGGAGGACUUGGAGUUGCUGGAGCCCUUGGUGCUGGGCCGAGUGCUGGAGGUGACGGACCUGCCCGAGGGCAUCACGCGGACAGAGGCCGACAAGCUCUUCACCCAGCUCGCCAUGGCUGGUGCCAAAAUCCAGUGGCUCAAAGAGACUCAGGGGCGCCGUGGAGACGGGGAGAACAGCGGGACUCCGGAGAACGGCAGGCACAGUGACCUU